CAGAAGGAAAUUGGAUGGAGAGCAGCUUGUUUCCAGCUUUUCGGUUGGACAGUGUGUGUUGGGAGAACGAAGCAAGGGACACGGAUAGCACUGGGCUCCCACAUGCCGGGGGGAAGUAGGGGAAACUAGGUUAUUAGCUGUGCGGAGCACCAAGCUAACACUUGAAGACCUACUUGAAAUAUUGUACAAAGCUGUUGCAUAAUGCAUUGAUCCUGAUGCAUAAGUGCCUGUGGACUAUAGCUCAUUCUCGUCGGCAGUUCCAAAUCAUUUGCUUCCCUGUUUGCUGCUGUGUGGGUUUUUUUUUCUCUCUCUCGUGGUACUGCAGCAGCUGCAGGUUUAUUUUGUCUGAAUCCGGACCGUGUUGUGGCUGAAAGCCGACUGUACGGAUGAGCAGUCAGCCCGCUUCCACAGUCUGCUCCGGGAGCACUGUGCACCGCAGAUACCCCCCGCGUUCAGCGUCCCCCACCGUCCCUCAACUCCUGCCAGAGUUCACUUUUUGUUUCUGAUUUUUUUUUAAAAGACGGGCAGGAAGAGAGAAUGGCUUCCAUCAGCCUGGGACUAAAUUUCUCGCGAAAGAAGAGCUUGGCGAGGAACGCUGCAGUGGAGCGGAAAAACCUCAUCACCGUUUGCAGGUUUUCUGUCAAGACUCUAAUCGAUCGCUCCUGUUUUGAGACCAUUGAUGACUCAUGUUCAGAAUUUACAAACUUCGCAGCUAUUCUGGAGCAAGUCCUGAGUCACCGUCUCAAAGGUCAGAUUAAUUGGUUUGGUUACGAAAGCCCUCGAAGCUUCUGGGACUUCAUCCGUGUGGCAUGCAGCAAGGUUCCCCAUAACUGCAUCAGCAGCAUUGAAAACAUGGAGAAUGUGAGCUCAUCAAGGGCAAAGGGUAGAGCGUGGAUCCGAGUUGCUCUCAUGGAGAAGCGUCUGUCUGAGUAUAUCUCUACUUCCCUGAGGGACAUCAAAACAACCAGGAGAUAUUAUGAAGAUGGAGCAAUUGUACUGGGAGAAGAAUCAAACAUGCUGGCUGGCAUGUUGCUUGGACUCAAUACUAUUGAUUUCAGCUUCUGUUUAAAGGGUGAGAGUCUGGAUGGUAAUUGUCCUGCUGUUAUAGACUACACUCCAUAUCUGAAGUUCACACAAAGCUCUGAGAGUAUCAGCAGUGAUGAGGAGGAGUUACGGACCCUUGGAAGCAGCGGCAGUGAAGGCAGCACCCCUGAGAACAUUGGUCCACCUUUCAUUACUGAUGAACACAGUUGGUACAACAAGUGCAAACGAGUGGAGCAGAAGUUCAGGCUGGCGUUGGAGCAGAAGGGCUACCUGGAAGAGUUGGUACGUUUGCGGGAAGCUCAACUUGCAGAGUCGGUUGCUCAAAACAAACUUCUUCUACAAAGGAUGGAAGAGACUGACCUGAACCACAAACUGGAGAAAGAACAACUGGAGUUCAUUAUCCUGGAGCUGCAGGAUCAGCUGGCAGUGUUGAAACAUAAUGAUUUGAGAUCAAGACAAGAAUUAACCGCACACCUCACCAAUCAGUGGCCCUCCCCAGGAGCACUAGAUGCAGAUGCUGUUGCUUUGGAUACACUUCUGUACAGAAAACAGUGUGGGCAAUGGGAUGAACACAGUUUCCAAAGUUUGGAGCAGCUGUCUGCAGAGAUCAGUCUUUCUUCAACUUCACUAGAUCCAUUACAUCCACAAAAAGAGGGGGUGGGAAGGCAUGGAAACUCAAAAAGAGAAGGGAAGGAGGACACUCCCUCAUUACUUGGUUUAUGUGGAUCCUUGACUUCCAUGACAAGUUACAAGUCUCUUACAAGCCUCAAGUCAAGUGAAUGCCUUGCAAGUCCCAAUGCUGAGAUUACAAGCCCAGGGCUCACCCCAUCCUAGGAAUUAUGUUAUCAGCAAAGCAAGGACAAAGCUGGUGCCUUGUGCACUUAAGUGACAUUCCAAACAUUCAAAUCCUGAAAAGCAUGGAAACUUGGCUCAAUAAAUCCAAACUAAUUUUAUUUAACCAGAAAACCAAUAGAAAAGAAGCUUUCUACUCAGUGGUAUCUUCAGCAUCUGCAGAAGGCUUUGGCCAUUUGUGUGGAUUGCUUUACUUAGGCAUUUGCUUUGGAACUUAUUCUAGACAUGCAAAUGUAAUUCAUGACAGCUUGUGUUGAAAUUUCUUUCCCAUAAAAUGUCUGCUCUAAGAUGCCCUCCUUCUUGUGACAGAAAAAAACAAUUCUUGUUUGUGCUGGAGUUACUUUACUGAAGCCUGAGAUACUCAUGAAUUUAUGGAGCAAAGAGGUUGUCAAAUGUGUAAUUAAUUUCAUUGCAUAAAAAGAAAAGCUGCUACUUUUCCUAGAGAAUUAUAAAGUUUAAGUAUUCUCUGUU